AAGUUUAGAGUUAGCGACGCCAACUGAUGACGACGAAACCUGCUACUAACCAGGGGACAAGAUAACACUUUAUAACAGAAGUCCGAUGAUUGCUGGAAUAGUCUUAUCAUUUCUCCUCGUCACAUCAGCUAGUACUUUUAGUUCUAAUACCGGCAGUGAUUUGGAAUGGGGCACUGAUCUCGAUGUUGAUUAUGUCGACGGUGAUAUUUUGGUCGGCUAUAUAAUCGACAGUCGUAUGGCACACGAGUAUCACGUGCAAAAUCUUUUGUCCUUUCAAGCUGCUGUAGACCAGUCUACUUUCUGGCCCAAAAAUGCAACAGUGGGCUAUGCAGUGUUCAAUUUCCACAACUAUGUUAAGAAUCAGAGCUACUUAGACAGGGUCAUGAAGAUACUUCGAAAGUUCCCGAAAAUAGUUGCUUUGGUGGGCUUCAAAUGGGAUCUAGCUGUUUUACAUUCAGCUGCAUUUGUCAGUGCUAUCAAAAUACCCAGUUUUACAAUUGCGAGUAGUAUCAGAAUGGACGAAGUGCUGAAAGUAGCAAACACGAACUUUAUGACCAGAAUGACAUCAACAAGAUCCAGUCAGGUUUCUGACACCAUUCCUAGCAUAUUGAACCAACUUGGGGCGAACAUUGUGAGCAUUUUUUACGAAAAGAAAAAAGAACCGGAGUUCACUAAGCUUAUACAAAAGCUUGAUCUUGGAACCAACAAAAUCGACGUGAAGUUUCAUCUUCUGGUGAAUGGAACCUCUGACAUCACACACGUCGUCAACCAUCUAGUCCGCAAGUUGGGUGAACCUACGUCAGAAAAACGCCGGUUCCGUACCGUUGUGCUAUUGCUAUCAUCGAAUUCUCUUAAGAAAUUGUUUCGUGAUCUUCCGGGUAAUAAGAAAGGAUUGUCCAAUAUCAACUUCAUCGCUGAUUCUAGUGGAUGUGUGUUAUCUCAGACAGAUAAUAUUAAUUAUGAAAGCAUUAUUAAAGGUAUCGCCGCUGACAAUGUCUCCGUCUUCAGGUUAUGUCAGACAAGAUUUGAUGCACCACAAGUAACGAACUACAUUGAGAGUUAUACACUUUACACCCGACAGAAUAGGGAGAUGAAAAUCUCUAGCAAGAUACUAGAUCACUGGUACACCGGGGUGAAAACAUUAGAACCAUGUGUUGUAGGAGAAGAUGAGGGCUGUAAAUCUAUUGGAGAAAUGUGCAUGGGCAAUUCACUACAAUCAAGGUAUAACCACAGAAUAUACUACACAGUGCGGAAAUUAUUGAAAUCGUUGGCAAACAUCAGUACAGAACAAGUAGCUGACAUUUCUAAGAGAACCUUCAAAGAACUCAUGAUCAAUACUUCUUCAGUUGGCGAAAUGGCUCGACAAAACUUUCUAAAAAAUAAUGUGCCAUUGCCUGAGAAUACAAACUUCCUAAGAUAUACAGAUGGAUUGAUGGAAGAUGAUUUUGAGAUUCUCUUCGAUGCAAAAGGUGAAGUUAGUAAACGUAGGACUGUUUGGACUUCCAGUAAGGACAACACGCUAUUUGACAACUUCAUGGAAAACGUCAAAUUCGAAAUAUCUGGCACAACUGAUGAGCAAUUCUUUGCUUGUUCCCGUACAUGCACUGAAGGACAUAAGACUGUUCUGGAUCAGAAGUUUCUGAACUGUUGGACCUGUCUCCCCUGUGUCGGUAACAGUUACACUAUGAAUGGAAGUGAUUCUUUCUGCACAGAGUGCGACUCUGUCUCCAGCGGAACGUUCUUGUGGGUUAAUGAUGAUAAGACAGCUUGUGAUCAACCGGCUGGCAGUCUGAAUAUCAACACUAAUUCUGGAAAAGCUGUCUGGAUGAUUGCUUCAGUAAACAUCGCCGUCCUUAUUUUCACAAUUGUGAUUUACAUCAAGUAUUGGAACUCCAGAGUCUUAAUCUCAUCUGGACGAGAUCUAUCGUGUGUUAUGUUUUGUGGAAUCUUAAUAGGGCACAUUGAAUCGAUGAUAAUUGCUACGGAACCAACUUCAAAGAAUAUGAUUUGUACUUCAAUACAGAUAUUUGCCCAUAUAUUUAUCAUGCUGACAGUUUGUCCUCUUCUGGUCAAAACCUUCAGAAUAUGGCUAGUUUUUAAAUUCUCCUUAAAGUUUGGCAGAAAGCUGAGAGACUACGUCAACAAUUGGGUGACUAUGUUGGAAUGUGUGCUUCUCAUGAUCCCCCUGUUUGUGCUCCUGGUUCUUGGUUUCUUUUUAGAUGACUCAUACAAAUUCAGUAUUAAUCAUGUAGAAGAGUCUCUAGAAAACCCAAUCGUCGUGACUAAGUCUUGUGGCCCUCUGAACUUUACAUUGAUGCUGAUUUCUAUUGUUUAUGCUGGUAUUCUACUUUUGGUUUCCUCUAUGUUGGGAUGGGAUUGCAGAAAACUCCCUGAUAAUUUCAAGGAGUCGAUGCACAUAUUCAUCUCCUCACUGAUCUCUCUGCUACUUAUCGCUGUCUACGUUCCUGCGAUGCUCACUAUGGCAGGAUUUACUCAGGUUUCUCUACUAGCCGGAGUCAUCACCAUUAUCUCUGUUACGCUGAAUCUCGUUAUUUUCAUGCCCAAAGUUUACGUUGUGCUGUUUGUCUCGUCGAUUAAACAGAAGAAAAUGUUCAAGAGCACUGUCAGAAGCAGCCAGCACACUGUACCUGAUUCAGAUCAUAGUGAAGUGGCACUAGAUUAAGGUGGCACUAGAUUAAGGUGGCACUAGAUUGAGAUGGAAAGGAUUGAGAAGGAACUAGAUUGAGAUGGCACUAGAUUGAGAUGGAAAGGACUGAGGUGGCACUAUAUUGAGGUGGCACUACAUUGAGAUGGCACUAGAUUGAGAUGGAAUGGAUCGAGAUGGCACUAGAUUGAGAUGGAAAGUAUUGAGAUGAAACUAGAUUGAGAUGGAAAGGAUUGAGGCGAGUUUUUUGUUUUGUUUCUUGUGGCACCCACUAUACGGAUAUCUACAUCAGGUCUAAUGGGUCCCUCUGGUGUCUGUUUAGGAGAUAAAUUGUAUUCUGUUUUUAAGGAAGCUCUCUGCUACUAAUCGCUGUCUACGUUCCUGUCUGUUUAGGACCCAGGUGUAGGUCACCUUACUAUCCGAGAUAGUUCAUGACCUACCUCUACCAGAGGACAAGGCCCGUUGGAUUAUAACCGA